AGGGCAGGUUGGGCCCGGUCUCGUCGCGGCGCGGUCAGUGAAACCCUCGGGCGGACGGUUGUAGCGAUCUGGACACUGGACUCGUCAGGGACAAUCAAGCAAACUUUCCGCAUUAAAUAACUCGUCUUCAUAGCGAAGUCUUUGAGGGCUGUGAAGGUGAAAGGUUGAUUGAGAGUAAGUGCUCUACGCCAUUACUUCGAUUCAUCACCACAUUCGUUCCGCUUCGACGCCGGCCUCAAGACUACCCACUGCAAACCGCAGGCCUUCCUUCACUCGCUCUCUCACGCAAACGCGCCGAACGCCACCGCCAUGGGGUGCGUCCGUCGCGUCUUCGCCGUGCUUUCGGUCUUCCUAAGCGCCACAGUCAUCCACGUCAAAGCCUCCGACAUUUCUGGCGUGCAGCCAUCUGACGCUCACCUGAUGGUAGAUGGCAUUGCAACAGAAGUGGUCAGCGUUGCACAGGCCCUCACGAUCACCGUCAGUGCUGGAGCCACCCUUACCCCGGAGCCGAUCGCUUCUGCGCAGACCUUGAUCGAUACUGUCAGCAUUGAUCUCGGUCACGGAACCACUUUGUCACUCGAUCCGGGCGUGACUAUCGACCCCGUGCCCGAGGCCACCGCACCAUCGCAACAAGGCUUAGUCGUGGUCACAGUUCUUCAAACAGUGACUCGUACGGCUCACUCAGGCAACGAAGCGCAGCCUACUGAGCGGCGAGAGAAGCGGUUCACACAAUGCUGGAAUGGCAGCGCAUGGCCAUGCGGCGUGCCAACGACCACUUACACCGACACCUACCCGCCUUGGGUCUUUAUAUUGCAUGGAGAGACUAUCAGCACCAUCUACCAUACAACCACAACAAAUGGUGUCGUAUGGGUAGCCUCGAUGUUCGUGAACGAAGACACCGAGGUACAUCACCCUGCAACCACUAUCACCGGCACGCGGUACUCUUAUUACAAGCGUGAUCUGGCAUCUGCAUCUACCAGCGCUUCCUCUACUACUACCACAACUGCCUACAUCAGCACUGUAGUCAUCACCAUACCGGAGCCGUCUUCCAGCACUCAGCCAACCUCCAUCAACUUCUUCAACGGCACUAUCUCAACCCCGGCCUCUUCUGAGGCAUCAGCCAACACUACUUCCGUCCCUUACAUAUCGGAUGCGACAAGUACUUUCCUGCCUUCAUCAUUCUCCAGCGAAGCCGGUGCCUCCUACUUCACCAAAAUCAACCCAAUCGCAACCGUCAUCCAAGAGAUCUGCAAAAUCAACGGUACUUGCUACCCUCUCUACAACACUUCCGCCGUGACUGCCAACCCGAACUUCACUAUUCCGCUCACUGCUUUCUCAGCCAACCUGACAACCACAGCCUUCACUUUCGUCAGCCCGACAGCGACUACGACCUCGAAGUCAACCUCGGCAUUAACUUCGAGUACUUUGGGGCCAUCGACAACUCGGAACUUGGGAGGGGAGCAGAAUGGAGGAGCGGCUGGAAACAGCGCUUGCGCUUUUCUGACUGGGUUGAUGGUUCUUGCUGCUAUUUUGUGAGAAAAGGACGAAUGAGCGUUGCAUAUGUAUUUGACCGGGCAGUUCUUGCUGCAUUCAGACUGUAGCUGCUUAGUCUAGCAGUGAAGCGGGC